AUGAUGCCCUACACUGCCUCUGACGAUGACCCUGCCGACGAUCCAGUUAUCGCAUCCUACGACAUUUUCAUUACCGAUGCUCAAGUCCGCCGCUUUCUUCUCCAAUAUCCCGAUCGCUCCUCCACGCAACCUUACAGCGACCUCACUCUGCAGAAGCCUACCGAACUACGACUAAAACCUAAAACUGGACUUGUUGAAGUUGAUAUCCCAAUUAACACACGUGUCAACUAUGACGAGCGGAAGGGGCUGCGUUACGGAAAUGCAUUGAAGAAGAGCCGGAUUAUUCAAGAGGGAGGGACACAUGGCAUAGCUGGAGGAUUUAAUACGGGAGGGGUGGUAACUGGAAAGACGAAGCUGGAGGGUGAUUCCGUGGCCAAGGACUAUUGGGAUGAUGAAGAUGGUGGUGGAUAUAGAGACCUGGAGGAUGAGGAGCUUAAAGCCGGUCAUAUUAUGACAACACAAACGCUGGGAGGGAGGAUAAAAGAGGCAAUAGAGGGGGAUCCGGUUUACAUGCUCGGUGCUUUCAAGGAUAAUGAGCUUCACCUUGCUCCCCUGUCAGCCAUUGUACCACUCCGCCCUCAGCUACACCACCUGGAUGCGUAUGAUGAAGCCCUAGUUAAAAACAAAACGACAGUGAAAGGAAGGAAAGAUGGAGAUGAAGAGGGUGCAUCGCGUCCCACGGAAGCACGAGCGAUCGAUGUUAAAGUUAAAUCUGCGGAAUCGGAACAGACUGGCGGACAACGGAAUAAUGAGCUGUUAAAACAAAUGCAAGAUGAAAAAUGGGAAAAGUAUACGUGGAUUGACGAGAACGACGAGGAGUCAUGGGAUAAAUACGAAGAAUACAUGUUCAAUCGGACGAUAGAGGAGCCUCCACAAUUAGAAUCGGCUAUCGAAGCGGAUGAUUACGUUGAUGGCAUGAGCGCGCCUCGGGUAGACCCCACGCGACCGGAUAUGACUGGAUGGGCCAUGAAGAUGAGACGAAAGAAGAGAAGAUCGUCAAGCAAUGCUUUGCAUGCAUCAGGAAUAGGCGACGGCGAUGUGGACGUAGCUAUGGCGGCGAGCUGA